AUGGCUCCUCCUCCACGUCUUCGCAUUCUGUCCGUUGGUGGCAACGCGAUCUCAGCCUUUCUCUCAUGGCGACUUCAGGCAACAACUUCCUGCGACGUUACGCUGGUCUGGAAAUCCGGAUUUGAUGCAGUGUCUCAAUACGGUGUCUCAUUUAAAUCAAAAGCAUUCGGCAACGAACGAUUCAAACCCCGGCAUGUUGUUCGUGCUCCCGAAGAAGCCUCAUCCCGUGAAAACGCCUACGACUAUGUCAUCCUUUGUGUGAAAGCCCUGCCGGAUGUAUACGACCUUGCCUCUGUGAUUGAAUCCGUCGUCACUCCCCAGCACACCUGUAUUCUGGUGAAUACCACAAACACACUCGGCAUUGAAGCCCAUCUUGAGCAAAGAUACCCUACCAACGUCAUCCUAUCUCUGGUUUCCAACGUGGAAAUUUCCCAAACCGGUCCCAGCGAGUUUGAACAUCUGAGCUCCAGCGAGAUUCAUGUGGGCGCAACCAACAAAUCUUCCUCCAUCCCGACAUCAAUCCAGAACGACAUGGCGGCGGCAUUGUCAAUGACUUUGAAUUCCGGUCAGGUCGACUGCAAGGUUUCAGAGAAUAUCAGACAGGAGCAGUUUGAACGGAUGAUAGGCCCGAUCGCCUUCCACCCCGCAAGUGUCGUCUUCGACACCCCCAACCAUACACAACUCCUCGAAAAAACCGGUGCUCGUUCACUGAUAAUGGGAAUCAUUGAUGAGCUGAUGGAGCUCGCCUCGGCACAAGGUUGCUCAUUCCCUAGCGACUUCCGGGAUAAGACCGUCCAAAAAAUGAUUUCGUUGGAAUCUCCGACUACAAUGUACUCAGAUUUCCAGGGCCGACGCCCCAUGGAGAUUGAAACUUUCCUAGGGUCACCAAUCAAGUUGGCAAUCGAGACCAAUGUUCGCGUUCCCCGAAUCGAGACAAUGUACGCGGUGCUACACCACCUCAAUAUCGCAAACCAGAACAAGCCCCGGCAGGAGUCUCCACCUGCAUCCGUCAUCGGCCAGCCGCCUCCCCGAAUGUCGUCCGCACCUCAACAGCAGCGGCCCAUGAUGAAUGGUGGCCCGCCAUCUAUGCGUGGAAGCCGAACACCCUCGGGCAUGAGCAUGCCCCCGCAACAAAGACGAGGCCCACCCCCUGGUAUGAUGCCGAGAGGUCCAGGCGGACCCAUGCCGAUGCCACCCCCCAACCGAGUUCAGCGCGAUCCAUCAUUGGAGGGCCUUGAAGAAUUCAGCCAUUUGGUUGUCUACGACGAACAGGGCGAACCAACUAUACCGCAGCAGAAUGGAAAUGGGUACCCCGACCCAGCACCUGGCCCUCUUUCUGAAUUGGCAUUACGGGAGCGAGAGCUGGCUCUUCGUCAACGUGAGAUUCAGCUACGUGAACAGGAGAUGAACAUGCGCCGAGGCCCUCCUGGCCCCCCAGGACGUCGUGGACCGGUUCCUUCCCGCCCUGCUACCGCCUUUGAUGAAGAAGACGAGGAUUACUUCGACCCGAUGGAUAACAUGGGGAUUCCUCACGUCGACCCUGACAGUGUCGACAUGAUGAGCAUGACUUCCCGCCGAAGGGGCAAGGGUCCCAGCCACAGCCAGUUCCGCAAAAACCCUGAAUUCGGUGUAAACGCUCCUGGCUCUGGUGGCAGCCGUCCUUCCUCAUCGGCCUUUAACCGCUACUUUGGUAGAAAACGCACGAGCGAUCGUGUGAUGCAAGAAAUCCCCGGUCUCCAUGAUUCGCUCAUGGACAACCCCAUGAUGAGCUACUCCUCCAACAGAUAUGGAGCCGUCGACCGAAACCAGAUGCACGCGGAUUCUCGAGCCAAUUCUUUAACGGCCAGCCACAUGGGCGACUACCCACCUCGACCCUUCCCACAAAGCCGGCGAAACAGCCAGACUCCUGGAAUUCCAUUCGGCGGACCCCCAGGACCUCAUGGACACCCUGGCCCAGGAGGCCCCCGGAUGGGCCGCCCUCCAAUGCCGCGUGAACACAGUCUUGGACCCCCUGGUGGACCUCACAAUAACCAGCCUUCACCUCCUGGUAACAUGCGUACGCCAGUGCCGCGGUAUCCUCCAGGACAAGGAAACGCAGCAGGGCCGCAGCAAGUUGAGCAACACUAUGGGGUGAGCAACGCGUUCCCCGCUAAGGGUCCUCCUAAGAACCAGAAUCUGACCGGAAGUGCGAGCGCCAGCGCGGGGAGUGGUGAUAGUGGAGCCAGUGCCAAUCUUGAUUCCGAACCCUCAUCUCACAGCAGUCAGAUCAGCCUCGGUGGGCAGGGGGUCGCGGCGCCCGUUCGCUGA